CGUUCUCCCUAAGGGGGUCGACGAUGUGUGAGGCUUGGGCCGAGGUGAUAUGAGGUAGAGGAGAUAUGUUAGGCGCGGCGCCUUCUGGGAGUUGUAGUUUUAUUCCCCAUUCCCCCCUCCAUCCCUCUUGCAGCUGUGUGGAGGGGUUCUGGACCACUACAAACUGCCCUGGCUUCCUUCCCACCUCCAGUCCAUCCUCUACUCUGUUCCAUCACCGCGACUCCUCAUCCAGCUCGAGCUGGAGACGGGCUUUUCCUUCUGCCUGAUCUCUGAGGCUGUGUGAAGGGAAGGGGUGAACGAGGGGAACGCCAGGGCUAUCUUUGCUGCUGUUGCUGCUGCUGCUUCUGCCAGAGAGACCCAGCCCUGCAGCCCCAGUUCCUCCAGGCAUCAAGCUGUCCUGCCUGAAUCUUGCCUGACAAGGUACAGCCAGCACUGAGGAGAGUGGUUGGUGCUGGAUUUUCCAUAAACGCCUUGGAGAAGCUGACUCCCAGGGAAGGAUGACAAUAUCCCAAGCUCAUAUUGGAGUCGCAGGCAUUUCAGAAGGGGGAAAAAAGAUAACCGUUUCCUGGAAGCCUUCUAGAAAUUACGAUGGACAUUUAUAUCGGGCAGAAGGAAUAAUACCGGAGACUCCAGCUAAACUCAUUCAGUUUAUGUACCUUCCUGAACACAGAAGCAAGUGGGAUAGAUCAUUACAUACAUACAAAAUGUUACAAAGGAUUGAUUCGGAUACAUUUAUAUUGCACACCAUAACAAAUAGUUUUGCCAUGGGCUCAAUUGCCCCCAGAGACUUUGUCGACUUAGUACAUAUCAAGUACUAUGAAGGGGAGAAAGUGAUUGUCAGUGCUGUUAGUGUGGAAUAUCCACAAUGUCCUCCAACUUCGACUUAUAUCCGUGGUUAUAACAACCCUUGUGGCUAUGUAUGUUCACCACUGCCAGAGAACCCUGGAUACUCCAAAUUGGUGAUGUAUGUACAACCAGAAUUGAAAGGAAAUUUAUCCCGGGCAGUGGUUGAGGCAACAAUGCCAACCAACUUACUGAAUUUGAUCCAUGAUGCAAAAGAUGGAAUAAAGGCACAAAAGGCUCAUUCAGCACAUUCAUCCCCCAAAGGCCAUUCAUCAUCACUCCAUAAGAAAUGAGGUGGUUCUACAGCUUCUGAAUCAUGCACUUUCUUCAGUUCCCUUCUAGCAGUCAAUGUGGAAUGUAUACAUGCCAUUAUGUCAGUAUUCUCAUGCACAAUCAGUGGGGGUUCUUAAGGAAACUAGGAACUCAAUUAUAUAAGGAACAACAUUAAAUAUAGCUUUUAUCUCAUAAACAAUGAUGUUAAAUAUCAAGUGUUACUAAGAGCACCACUGGUAUCUUGCUUUCUUCCGGGAAAUGCUACUGAGUAAGAUUAGAAUCAAGCAAAAAGUGCAGCAUAAUAAGUAAACCACAUAACUAAAUCUAGAGAAUACCUUUUUUUUCAUUCACUUUGACUGUUCAAACUUGAUAAACUUGUGUAAUAAGAGCAUAAAUAAUAAAAUAAUAAAAGUUCCACUUAAAUAUAUACCAAAUAAAGUGUAAAAUUUAAAAUUGGAUGUGACAAGUCACAAAACUCCAAGGCUAUCACACAUUGCAUACCAUUUAUAUUUAAAUAAUUUUUAUAUUUCAUUAACUUGUAUGUUGAAUACACUUCAAAAAUGUUUUCCUGCACUAACAAUUUUGCUAGUCAGGAUUCCUGAUCUUUGUAAACAAUGGUUUCUAAGGAGAGAAAAUCUCCAAAACCAAUUAUCUAUUUCCAUUUAAAAGUUUUACAUCAACAUUCUACCUAUCCUUUGAAAAAUUUAUACCAUUUUUGCACCUUGGCUUGAACAGUUUUUGAGUUUUAACAAAAAAACCAACCUGAUGAGAAUAUAGGUCUGGAAAUGCCAAAGAGUCAGAUUGGGAACACAGCUCCCCAAAAGCAAGACACUUCUAGCUAGUAGUGGUCUCCUGGCUUUCCAUAGACAUAUUCCUUUAUAUCUUUGUAGAAGGAAGAGUUGAGACGGAAGCAAAGGAUGCAAAGGGAGAAAAUUAUGAUUUUUGUAGCCACUGUGAUCUAGGAGGCUCUGGUCAACUACAGGGAGAAUCUAUCAUCUCCAAUGCCCUCAGUGCUGAUGGUUCUUCCUGAUAACUGCUAAAUAUUCAGAAAGAUACUUAUAAAUAUUAAUUAUUUAAAAUAUUCAGAAGAUACUUAUCAAUAAAGAAGUGGUUAAAGCUA